AUUACUAACUGUUAUAUAAUCUAAAAUAUUCACUCUUGAUGAAAAACUAAUUAAACUCGAUAAAAUACAUUCUCUUUACGACAGCCGUGAAUAGAAUUGUGUCAACAACAACACAUGAGACGGGAGUUUGUGCUUUCCGUUUCAUCGUUGGAGAGAGACUGAGACGUUUGCAUCAACAACUGUUAUACCUUUUCAUCGACACGAGAGAAGUUAUUUCAAAUCACAUCAUGGUUCAGACAAGAUCCUCUGCACAAUCUAGAGACAAGGAAAUUCAUGUUGUAACAGGUGGCGGUGGCUUUCCCGGAUUUUCAUUAGCAAAGUAUCUGGCACGAAAAGGCCAUCACGUGAAGCUCAUCGAUGUCAAGGAACCAGUGUGGGAUCUUGAAGCAAACAUGGAAUUCAUAAAGGGUAGUAUCUGUGAUGACAACCAACUGCAGAGCGUGGUGGAGGGCGCCAGUGCAGUCUACCACAUGGCGUCCUACGGCAUGUCAGGCCGAGAGCAGGUUGGACAUCAUCCCUCUCUCCCUCUCCACAAUCGCAUAGCUUUUGACAUCAUUUGCUUUCUCUCCAUGACAUCUUGUGCUAUCUUUUUCAUCAUCUCCACCACCCCCACCCCUCCUUUUUUUUCCAACCUCCAUUUUGUCCCUUCCCAAAUUUCUGGAUCAGUUUCUGAAAUAGUGUGCUCUCACUAAUUGCCACACACAUGUGCACUCACGGAUUCACACACGCCUUACUCAUGAUACACAC